GUUAGGUAGCAGGUUACAGGGCGUCUGGCGUUGGGUCGGGGGCUCUGGCGGCAGAGGUUAGUCCGCUAAGGCCGCACAGUCGAUGCCUACGUACGGAUACCUCGCUAUCUAGGGCAGCCUACGGCGGCCCACGGGCCACACCUAACACCUCUAGGACACGUGCGUGUCAACGCGUGUCUAACAACGCGCCUCAUCCCACAUCCAUCCUAUACCACGUCACGCAGAGGGACAGCUAGCCCCGCGCGUCAUCCCCAGCCGUUCGCAAGCGGGUCUCGCAUUUCAUCCUGCAUGAACCCCCCGCCGAUGACCCAUCUUGAGAGGCACCAUGGAGCGCCCGGUCGACUCGCCUGUCUCAUCCCCCAACUCCGAGUCGCCGCCUCCAGAGGGGAUGGGAGUCUCCGUCGGAGGCGCCGCGCGGAGCAGCCAGACUGGGACCGUCGUAUCCAGGAUUGAGGACAUCCUCGAGCAUAUUGUCGACGCCCUCAGCGAGAACCGGGUACUCGCCAUUCCUCUGCGCAGUCGCCGGACUCGCCGCGAGAAGACGAUUCGAUUCCCGGCGAAUACAGAGGCCGAGGUGAAGCGAUUUACUUGCGCGCUCCAGGUCCUCCAUGCAUGCCACGAAGCGCUCACCUCCGGUCGCAUCGUCACGAAGAGGAAUAUUUACUAUCAGAACCCAGAUCUCUUUGGCAGCCAGCGAUACGUGGAUAACCUUAUCGAUGAUAUCGCCUUCACGUUCGGUGUUGGGAGGGAUGCGCUUAACGUCGUUGCCGCCUCCAAAGGUCUUAUCGCAGGCAGGAUUUCUUUGGUCCUGACAGACGGGUCCACCCUCGACGGCAGCUGUGACGGCGGUAAUGGAAUUCUAAUUCCUCACAUUGGCACCAUCCGUGAGAUCACCAUGUCUCAAGCAAAAUGGAUCAUAAUAGUCGAGAAAGAGGCUACAUUCCGAGAAUUAGCCGCAUCUCAGUAUUUUGACACGUCGGUCGCGGGACGAGGGGUCAUCGUAACGGCCAAAGGGUUUCCCGACCUGCUCACACGGCAAUUUUUAAGUCUCCUGCAUUCUUACUUUCCGCAGAUUCCCUUUUACGCGCUUGUAGACUUCGACCCCAGUGGUAUCGGUAUCCUUCUCACCUACAAGUUGGGGAGUCGAUCCCUAGGCCACGAGGAUGACGUGGUAGUCCCGCGACUCUCGUGGCUCGGUCCUAACAGCAACGACUUGAAGCAUGGUCAAAUUCAUUCCGCCUCCAACCCUUCGUCCCCCGUCUCGGGUUUUCCACCAAAACCAUUCCAACUUUCUACUGCUCUGACGCUUUCAGAUCGACGGCAAGCACUUUGUCUCUUGGCCAAGUUCGACGACCGAAAUACAGAGGAGAUGGAUUUGACCCACGAAAUACAGUUGAUGCUCGUGCUAAAUCUAAAGGCGGAAAUCCAAGCGGUAGACGACGCCGGAGAUAUGGGCGCCUGGUUAGAUGACCGACUAUUAAGCCAUCUUGGCGCGGGGUGAGUUACCUAGCAAAGGAAGCUCAGGGCUAGUCACAGGUACCUACUUGGCCAUUUCGAUCGGCUUCCUCGGUGUAGAAGCCUAAGAUAGGGGCUAGAAUAUUGACGAGGAGCCCGAGUUUUAAUUGCACAUGAGUCGCCUGGACGUAUUGGCGACGGGCAGGUCGCAUUCCCCGUUCAACGUUGGCGACGCGGUGACCAGCGUAGGGGAUAACUAUGCUGCGUGCGUCACGUGAUUCACACCCAACACCCAAGAUUCAGUAAUUCAAUAACACAGUAGAAAUCAAAAGUUUUCAC